AUGCAUUCAACACUCAUUGGACUCCUUUUUGCGUUCGGCUUUGACUCUGUCAAGGCCGUUCCCCACAAGAAACCCAUCAUUUCCAUUACUAACGAUGUCCCUGGUGCAAGCAGUCUCGCCUACGAGAAUGCCACUAUGAACAGCACCAUGCCUGCUAGCGGUGAUGCAUCCACUAACGCUACCCAGCUUUACUUGGAUGUUGUUAUUAACAAUGGCUCUUCUGUCAUCACCAGCCGCGAACCUUUUUGGGCAACUGACCUGUAUCAUGGAAGUGACUACAGCGUUAGCUCCAUCAACAACGCUUUGUGGGGACCCGUUCUUGACCGUCUGAGCAACCCUGUUCUGGUUGUUGUCGACGACACAACUUACAGCUCGUUCCAAGACCUGCAAUCUAUCUCUGGCAUUGUUUCUACAAGCGCCUGCCAGGCUCCCAAUGCGUCGAAUGUUAGCCAACCUGUUACCAUUCCUUACGAGAACGUUACCACAUGGAACACAACGACUGGUACCAACACGACUACUGGUCCCGCCGAAACCUGUACACCCAACAUGAACACUAUGGUCGCUUCUCUCUUGGGAAUUAACAGCAAUGUGCUAGUCAAUUACCAGUCUGCCAAGAUCUUCAUUGUUGGUCAACCCAGUGUUCAGAUGACAACCGUUUCCGUUAAGGACUCUGUUGACGGUGCCCCUACCCAAACUGUAUCCCAGCAAGUGAACAAUGUCUGGGACACUGCAUCAUGUUCUGUCGUUCAACCUGGCAUUGAGGAUAUAUUUGGCAGCUGGGUUGCUCAAAACCUGUUCUAUCCUUCGGCUUCCGUUGUCACCAGUUUCAUGCACUGCACAGAGCAAGACAGCGCCCUUGCUUUAGCCCAAGCCGCUCUUUCAGAGGGUAUUACUGGCGGUCUUUAUGUACCCGCAAACUCUCGGGGUGACAAUGCCUUCUUGAACUUGUUUGGCACUCAGCCCAAGUUCUUUACCGGAACGGGUAACUCUGUCCUCAUUGUUCAAGCCGAGCAAACAUGUUCUUGGGAGGCUUGGAGAGCUUCCAAGCAAGCCAAAUUCAUUGACGUUUCCAGUGAGAGUACUUUGAAUGCUUCUGUCAUCACUGCUCCUACUCCCAGCUGGAAUAUGACCACUCCUAGCUGGAACGAAUCUUCCCCCGGUUGGAAUGAGUCUGCUCCUGCCUGGAACAUGACUGACACCUGGGCCCCCGAUUACGCAAGUGGCAUUUACAAUUAUUCUGAAGGCUUGGACAGUUCCGGUGAUGGCCGUUUUGUCGUGAUCAGCAGUGCAUCUAACACUACGUACAACGACUUUUACAUCAUUGGAAACCAAACCGUCGUCAACAACGAUGUUUUGCUCCCUGUAUUGUAUUAG